GUUCGUCUCAUUCUCCAUCGCACUUUAACAAUUUCAUGCAUCAUCGAGACUUGUUAUGGCAAGCUCGCACGGCAUACCUCGCGUCGCUAAGGAAAGUGAUAGCGAGAAGGAACGAGAGCAGAUUCGCGAGUACCGUUGUCUAGUUGAAUCAGUAAACACAAGGAUACAAGCGAAAGAAUUCACCGCUGAUACUUUGGAUCUGAUUUCGCAGUUGCUCAAGAAGAACCCGGAGUAUUACACAAUUUGGAACCACCGUCGCCUUGUACUCCUUCAUCACUUCGAUACGACUGCGACUGCCACGGCUGAGAAGCCCUCACAAAAUGCAGAGACGAGCAUAGAGGAUACCAUAAGGAACGAUCUUGUAUUCAUAGUUCCCUUACUUAUUCAGUACCCCAAGUGUUACUGGAUAUGGAACUAUCGGCAAUGGUUGCUUGAAGAGGCAGAGAAACGACUGGAAAAGUCUGUAGCACGCAAGUUUUGGGAAGAAGAGCUUGGGUUGAUAGGCAAAAUGCUGACACGGGAUGAGCGUAAUUUCCAUGGCUGGGGCUACAGGCGCUUUGUGGUGGGCAAGGUAGAGAGUAUGCGAACACCAGAAGAGGGUACGCUCGUUGAGCAGGAGUUUGCAUACACGGACAAGAUGAUAAAAGCAAAGCUGCAGAACUUCUCAGCGCUGCAUUACAGAAGCUUACUACUACCACGACUGCUUGCAGAGAGGCUGGCCGACGGCACCAGUAGGCGAAUGAUGCUGCAUCAGGAACUCGAUCGUAUGCAAGAAGCUUUGAUAGAUCCAUUCAAUCAGUCAGCCUGGUUCUAUCACCAGUUCCUUAUGAGCUCUAUUGGCAACGAAUUGCCGGAGGACCAGCGCAUCGUACAAGAUUUGAGCAUUCCCGAACAAAUCGCCAUCUACGAGCAAGAACUCGAACGCAUCAAGGAAAUUGAAGAAGAUUUCGAUGACUGCAAGUGGGUCUAUGAAGCACUUCUUAUCUACACCUUGGCAUAUUCUAAGCUUGAUGGGGUCGAGCCUGUCAACAGAAACCAAUUACAAUGCUGGUUGGCGAAGUUGAGCAAAUUGGACCCAAUGCGGAGAGGCCGAUGGGAAGACCUCAGAUCAUCCAUCGAGGAGAGCUAGGCGUACAGAGCUUUACUGUGCCUUCCAUCUUAACAUGGUAAAGGAAUGCUUCGGAAAUGAGUACUUUCCCUUGCCAUCCCACUGUGUCUCAGAUAUAGCGACUUGGGUAUCUGAUUCCGUGUUUUUUGCCCCGGAGUGGGAUCCGGUUACUGUGUAAACGUGGAUGACGUUUUCAGGAAUUCCGCUUAUCAGUGUGUCGAACGUUGUAGUCUCAUGGACGUUCACAACAGCAAGCGUCACCCAUCCAUCGUCCGAAAUACUUGCGCUACAGUCAAGCCAUGGCGUGUUUACAGUUCCUCUGAUCCAGUCAGGAGUCGUCGGGCCUUCGUACUCGCCACACGCAACGUUAAUGCUCAAGGUUGUCCCUCGCAUAUACUUGCUAAACAACAACAACGGCCACCAUGUUGUCUGCUUUACGAUCCCUGUUUUUGUCGUCAUUAGAGGGCUUAUGACAUUCACGCUCUGCGCAAUAUUCGCCAUGCCGACGUAUUUAGAUUGUCGGACGAAUACAUUCAGCCAGCUUGCUACCGCAAGAGCGUCGGAAAGUGUGUAUGACUCUUCUGCACCAAGUUCUCCGGGUGCACGGACAGGGUCCCAUACGUUCCAUUCAUCGAAGCAGAUAGUUUGCCGCGGGACAGUGUUGGGUACUUUAUUUUCAAUGCGUGCAAGAUCGAUCAGACUGCUUGUGAUUUCGAUUGCACGUUCCGCGCUUCUAGGGGCUGAGAGAACGUCAGUGGAUGGCCAUGAAACAACUAUAGCAUCGCAAAUGCUAGACACACCAGUUGCAUUUGGUAAAGCCUCAUUGCUGGCAGUAUAGAUAUGUAUGCUAUGCAUAUCAAUCAAACUCUUUGUUCGAUCACCGCUCAAGCCAUGCAAAUCCAGCUUCACGCACUGUUGUAGAACAUAUCGAUCCCAAUCACUGGUACCGUCUUGACCACAAAGGAUCAAUAUGAUGCUGGGGUCCAAGAGUUUCAGCGCUUUUGCCCACUGAUAUGCCUUUUUCGCAUAGUCUUCUUUGGUCAUCUGCUCAAUUUGCCAUGGACCCCACAUCUCAUUCCCUAAGGCCCAAUACUUCACCUUGUAUGGCUUCUCGCGGCCGUU